AACAGUGCACCUAUGAAACGCUGCAUGGACGCCAUGGAUCCAGCCGGUCUGGCCUAGGCAUUCAGUCACAAAAACCUGAUUGCUCGACAACAGAAAGGAUGGAACCUUUGGCCUGUGCUUCCUCCCAUCAUGCCACAGCAAGAUGAACUGCAAGAUGAGAGCUCAAUGGAAGGCACUCCUGACUCCCAGUCUGACAGGUCACAGUCUGAUAUCUUUGCUGAGCUGGAUGAUCUGGCCCCUCACUCAAGUUCCUGUGUGUCUCCAGACCACCCAGCCGGGAGUCAAACUGACCGUUCCUCACCUACCACAGAUCUGAGUCCUGGACUUGCGGCACUAACAGUGGGAUGUGAUUCAGGUGAUCUGGGAUCUUUGUCCCGUGUGCAGCUCCUGCUACUGGAGCGAAGAGGAUCCGAGAGUCCAGGUUCCAUCCCAAGCCCCGAAUGGUGUCGUACUCCAGACGGGGAUGAGUAUGAACCUGGCCUUCGAGUCUGGAGCUCGGGCAUUCCCCAAUAUUAUCAGUCCACAGUCCUGGAUAACCGCAAACCAUUAAGUGGCAGAAACAGCGGCCAAGAUUCUUUGGCAACUUUCAAGGGACGCAGAAAGCGCCCCGGGCUUAUCAGUGUGGAGAGUGGAUCAAGGACAUCAUCCUGUUCUUUCAGCUCAACGGUGUCUGAGAGCAGCUCCAAGAACCGAGGGAAACCCACCUGUGAGGACCAAGGUUGUGAAUUCCCAGAUGAGAAUGUCCCGCUCUAUUUGUCGCCUCUCUCUCCCAGUGCUUUGCUGACAGAAAGCCCAACAAACGGCGGGACCAUACUGGUCUCGCAAUGCCCAGAAAGCAGUGGUCAUGCUGAAAAGCACAGGAUCCGGUCCGACAGACUCCGAGAGAAGAGGAAGAGAAAGAAGGAGAUCAAAAAGAAGGAGGAGAGGAAGAAUAAAGCCCUGCAGAUCUACUCCAAACUUCAGGAUGGAAAAGACCUGACAGAGCCCACUCAUCAGAGCCCUUGCUCUAAGUUUGAGGACUGUAAGUACACAAAUCCAUAUCUGAAUUUGCAGACUAAUAAGGUGAAUGUACUAUGACAUCAUUUCAAAGUCGCUUAUUUACCAGUCUGCCAGUACAAACUGGCAAUUUCAGCUGUUGAUUGAUAAGGUCCUUUCAGUAGGCCACCAUUUUCAUUUUAAGGACAACAAAAAAGCUCACGCCAUUCAUACAGAGAACCCCACCGCUGUAAUUUGACACUGUGUACACACUCCAGUCGCCCCACCAUCUCUUGUUUAGUUUUGAGCUUGGAGCUUUGCACUUGAUUUUUUAAUUAGCUAUGCUUUCGAGUGCCGUUCUGCCGGUCUACGCCGACGGUCCCAAUUUGCCGGUCCUUUUCAUGAUUGGAUGCACGGUUUGGAGUGCUGAGGAGAGUGAGGGUGUGUACUGAAGGUCAAGGUGAAGGGGCGGAGCCCCAGCGGGGUCACGGGAGGUCAUGGGGCUUGUGUGAAUGCAGGGGCAUUGUGUGAAUAGGCCUGAUUGGACAGGUCCCUUCAGCUCCUAAUCAAGCACAAGAGGAGGAAGCACGCAGCUGUCGCUCACAUCAGAGAUGAGUGUUGCUCUUUGUGUGCAUGCGGAUGAAAGUGAGAGGAGUUUGAAAAGGAGAAAGUACAGAGAAAGAACGUUGUUUGCAUUGUUUAAUGUGCCAGUGUUGAAAAUUUGACUCACAUUUGUCACUGUUUUAGGUUCUCCUGUACCAAUUAUUCCUAUAGGAUUCUCUCGGAAUGAGACGGCAUUCUCUAUAAAUUGUGUGUAUGAAUAUGUGUGAGGCCUCUCAGACACUUGUGAGUGUGGCUCCUCAUUAGAGACUCAAAAGCCCUAAUUGGACAUAAUUUGCACCCACUCUCUCCAUACUGACCAGAAAAUCAAUGCACAAAUGAUAAGUGUCCCAAAAUAGGUCUGGCCUUCCCUGUUCUUUCAGCUUUUCCUUUCUUUCCCCUCUGUCUUUGUGCUUUCCAUUUCUGUGGCCACUACCUGCAGCAGGUAUUCAGUGUUUGCUGUAUAGCACUGGCGAGUGUGUUUGGCUGUGUUUAGAAUGAAAUACUAGCAUGCUGCAUACUACACAGUACAGUACUGUAUAUACUGUGUGUCACUUACUAUUUUUUGAAAGUAGUAUGCUACAUUGUUGUCACCUGACCUCAAUAAGGCACAGUGCCUUGCAAAAGUAUUCAUACCCCUUAAUUUUUUAUGUUGCUGCCUUAUGUUAAACAUCACAUCCACAUCAAUCUACACUCCAUACUCCCAUAAUGACAAGCAAAAACAGAAUUGUCACACUUCGUAAAUAUAUUAAAAACAAAAAACUGAAAUAAGUACAUUGCAUAAGUAUUCAUACCCUUAACUCAGUACUUAGUUUAACCACCUUAACAGCCUCAAGUCUUUUUGGGUAUGACAAGCUUUGCACAUCUGCAUUUGGCAAUUAUCUGCCAUUCCUCUCCUCACCUCUUCACCUCUCAAGCUCUGUCAGCUUGGAUGGGACCGAACACACAUUUUCAGAUUUCUCCAGACAUAUUUACAUUUAGACACUUAGCAGACGCUUUUAUCCAAAGCGACUUACAAAAGAGGACAAUGGAAGCAAUCAAAAUCCACAAAAGAGUAAUAACAUGUAAGUGCUAUGACAAGUCUCAGUUAGCCUAAUGCAGUACAUGUAGCAUAGGUUUUUUAAAAUGAUAUAACAAAUAAAAAGAAAACAGAUAGCAUAGAAAAACAAAGCAAGCUAGUGUUAAGAGGCCUUACAGAAAGAACAGAGAAGCUAAGGAAGUAAGUAAAUGAAUAGAGUAUAAGUCUAAAAGGGCAAAGUUUUUUUUUAUUUUUUUAAGAGUAGAUUUAGAAUAGAGAGUGCUAGAGUUAGGGGGUCAAAUAAAGAUGGAAGAGAUGUAUUUUUAGCCGAUUCUUGGAGAUUUUUUUUUUUUUUUUUUAAUCAAUAUUUGAUUGGAUUCAAGCCCAGACAUUCACAGAGUUGUCUAUAAGCCACCCUUGCUGUGUGCUUUGGGUCAUUGUCCUGUUGGAAAGUAAACCUUCUGCCCAGUCUGAGGUGCUGGAUUGGACCGGGUUUUCAUUAAGGCUAUCUCAAUAUUUUGGUGCACUUUGGUGCACAGUUUUCUUCUACUCUGACAAGCCCUUCAGUCACUCCUGCUGAAAAACAGCCCCACAGCAUCUUAUUUCUCACAGUCUGAGGGUCCUUUAGGUGCUUUUACACAAACUCCAAGUGUAUUUUCAUGUGUCUUCACUGAGGAGAGGAUUGAGUCUUGCCACACCGCCAUAAAGCCCAGUUCGGUGGAGUGUUGCAGUGAUGUUUGUCCUUCUGUAGGUUUCUCCUGUCUCCACAUAUGAUCAUGGAGCUCAACUAGAAUGACCAUCAGGUUCUUAGUCACCAGUCAAACCAAAGCCCUUCUUCAUCAUUUGCUCAGUUUGGCCAGGAGGCCUGCUCUAGGAAGAGUCAUGGUUGUUUCAAACUUCUUCCAUUAAGAGUAACGUUGACUACUCUUUCCCAGAUGUGUGGCUUGAUGCAAUCCUGUUUCUGAACUCUAUAGCCAGUUCUUUUCUCAGGGCUUGGUUUUUGCUCUGAUAUACACCUUUCAUUAAGACACGUGUGCCUUUCCAAAUCAUACCCAUUUAAUUGAAUUUGCCACAGGUUAACUCCACUCGAAGUGUAGUAACAUCUACAAGCAAUAUGAAUGCUCCUAAGCUAAAUUUCCAACUGUCCCAGAUAAGGGUAUGAAUACUUAUGCAAUGGAAUGAUUCACCUUUUUUUUUUUUUUUUGAUACAUUUGCAUAGAUGUUAAAAACCUGUUUUUUACUUUGUCAUUAUGGUGUAUGGAGUGUAGUCUGAUGUGAAAAAAAGUAAUUUAAACUAGUUUAACAUUAGGCAGCAACAUACAAAAUGUGAAGAAAAAAAAUAAAGGGGUAUGAAUACAUUCGCAAAGCACUGUAAAUCAGGCUUCCAGUUUUAUAAAAAAGGAAUAAAUAUUAUGUUUUACACAGAGC